CGAGGACGGCGAACUCAGCGAUCAUCACUUCGCAACAAUCCUUGAAGGGUUCGGGUCGGCGUGGUCCAUUCAGGAUUCCGAUUUGCAACCGAGUCGAACCGACUGCUUUUCCUCAGCUAAGAUGCCAGACUAAGAGCAAUGCCCAGUGCACCACGUUGUGACUCUGCUGCUCCGUUCACGCAUUCCAAGACCUCCCGGACAUCUACGACAAUGUCCUGAUUGCGCGCGACUCCGAACAAGUGUCCCUUCAAGGGUCGUUCAAACAGCAUGGUAACUGGCCGGAAAGAGCACCCGAACGUGGUGACAAUCAGCAGGAUGCCAGGGAGAGUCCUCUGCAAGAGGGUGGGUGUGCAUACUGCAACCGCCCAGGGAUGGAGCCAAUACCACGACCUGUAUGGUUCCCUUGUUAAACACCGGGUCGGCCUGGUCAGGGUUGCAGUGUCUUACAGCGAAGGCCAGCAUGAUUAUCUACCCAAUGUAUCAAUGAUCAGUCAAUCAAUCAUUGCAUUUAUCUAAUGAUGCGAAUAACGAAUCUGACGGAAAGUUUUAGAUAAUUGAAAGCACUUAAUGCUAUGGUCUC